AUCUGAACUGUAGACUGCAACAGGGCAAAUUGGCCGUUCAUACGUGAGAUGGGUAGAGAUUUUAGCAGACGUCUCUGGCGAGAAAAGUCUGAAAGGAUGAGAUACUGCUUGAUACUUGUAUUGUUUUGAAUCGUUAGUAAUGACCUAGUUUUUUACGUGAUCGAUAUUCAAAUCUAAAUGUAGAACUUAAUACCAAGUACACUGAAUGUUUUGGCUCGCUCCACGGGUCAAGAAACACUGACCUAAAAGUGACUGGUCUAUACAUUCGUUGAACACUUUUCUUUUAAAAUCGCCUGUACUCCUCUAAGGAUCCCUUACAUUUUAGCUGCACUAUUUCUGAGCUCGUCAUAUCAAAAAGCCAAGAGUAUCAAAUCCCAGACACGUUAAGAUGUCAAAACUGAUAUGAUCAGGCCUUGUACACUGCAACACACAAUGAUCUUUUCAUCAAGAUGUACCCGCAAGAUCCGAUGUAUACUUCUGAUAGUGGCAAUCUUCUUCUUGAUUUCUUUUGUCAUCGACCUCUUUCAAAACAAGAAAGAUGGCGGUCCUGGUCCAUUGGACACCAACAUUGCUUUACAAAAUCUUGAUAUUUCUGAAGUCAGGAAAACUGAAAUGCGUCUGUACAAAAUUGACGAGUCAUCAUUGUUUGCCCCUAAACUGAACAACAGUAAAUCUGACAAUAUUUUGAGCUUGUUGGUCGAGUCCCCCAAAAAUGGAAAGGUAGACAAAGAAAUGGCGAGUAAUCUCAUUAGCAGUAAACCAAUAAUUAAUCCCCAUUUAUAUGAAUACAGGAUUUAUCCUAGGAAAAACUGCCAAAACCAUGACAUAACGUUAGUCAUGGGAGUAACGGUUAGUCGAGACAAGUUCGAAUCCAGGCAAGCUAUCCGAGAUACUUGGGGAUCUUACGCCAAAGUUGCUAGUAACAAGGCGGUUCUAGUGUUCUUCAUUGGUUCGGAGAGCGACGCCGUUCCCAGCGAAGUCCAGAAAAGGAUAGACGAGGAGGCCCGCAUCCAUGGCGACAUAUUGCAGGAAAGCUAUGUGGAUCACUACAAAAACCUCAGCCUUAAGUCAGUGUCGCUCCUAAAGUGGGCGAGCCAGCACUGCCCUCAGAGCGACUUCCUGCUCAAGAGUGAUGACGACAUGUAUGUGAAUGUUCCCUUGCUGCUUAAGACUCUGAACACAACAGCGGCCUCGCCAGGAGGCGGGAAACUGUUCAUCAUAGGUCGGCUGCACAAGAGCGUAGAGCCCAUACGAUACACAAGAUCAAAAUACUACACCUCAGAGAACAUAUAUAACCAGACUGUAUUCCCCCUGUAUGUCUCGGGAACAUCCUACGCCAUGACUACUAGCGCGGCGGCCCUGCUGUACGAGACGACGCUCCGAGUGCCUUUGUUUUGGCUGGAAGAUGUGUACGUCACUGGCAUAUGCGGAAAGCUAGCUGGGGUCCCUAUCAUCAACACAUACAUGUUCCCUUAUAAACGCCCCGAUCCAACUGGAUGCGGAUUGCGAUGGAGUGUCUCAGGACAUAAGUAUACCCCAGAACAAAUGAGGACUAUUCACUCAGAACUAUACGAUGCUACAAUCAGAUGUGAUCAUGUGGAAAGAUGAAUACACGAAUCUACGUUGUUGUUAGUUGUUUUUUUUAAAGACAUAUUGCCAUUGUGGUAAAAUUCAGUUAUUUUGAAUGUUGCAAAAGUUAUGCAAAUUCCUGAUAUAGAAAAAGUUAAGAGCUUGAGUUAUUAAUAAUAAGUCCGGGAUUACUUGUUAUAGUAGACAUAUCUGGAUACUGUCCGAAAUGCUGAUUAUUUCAAUGCAGGAUAUGAUCAAAAUUUCAGCGCGACACUUCAAUAAAAUGUUUUAUAUAUAUAUAUAUAUAUAUAUAUAUAUGUUAUAUAUAUAUAAUAUUUUUUUUUUAUAAACUUAAAUCCACAUCUUUCAUCAAAACUGAAUACAUUUAGCAUUUCAUAGUAAAACAAUUAUUGCGUUUUAAUCUCAGAACUAAAUUAAACAUCGAUAUGAUGGUAGGUGAACCACUAACAUCGAAUAUAUCAACUCCUGUAUCUCGGUGCCUUUAUAUUGCACAUGGUAAAACUAGAAUGCACACAAGAAAAAAAUGGCGACCAGCUGUUGCUCUAUCUCUUACUGAUCUUCUUAUCUUAUAUAAUACAGACGUUACUUCAAAAAAGAAGAUGAUUACGCAUCUAGUUAUGCAUGUUAACCAAUGACUUAAAUUCUGCCAAGUCACUGGUUUUCCUGGUUGGCUCAGGCAACCCAUUCCAUUCUCUAAUAGCACUGGUGAAGAAGGGGCAUUUUUUCAAAUUUGUCCUAGCAUAUGGAACGAGGAUUGUGCUUUAUCUUUGUUCCUGAGUAUCUUAUAAGAUUUUGUUUUUCCAUUUGAAGCUUAUGGUUUAGUGUUUUAUAUAUAAUUGCUACUUUACAUUUGAGUCUUCUCUCCUGAAGGCUUUCUAAAUGUAGUGGUUGUUAUGAAUCUCACUGAGUCACUGCUCUAUUUUGUGUCUUUUCCAGUUUCAAGGUUAAAUAACAUUUUAGUUUUAUGUUCAUAUUUGAUUUAUAGAAAUUUCUUUUAAUAAACCCUAAUGCUUAGUUUGAUUUUUUAGUUGCAUCAAUAUGUGGAUUCCAUGACAGUUUUUCAUUUAUUAUAACACCUAGGUAUUUUGCGUUUUUAGUCUGUCUUACUAGUUCACCAUGAAUAAGAUAAGUGGAAUUAAUUUGUUUUAGCUUUUUUGUUACUCUUAACAACUGACAUUUUUCUAGGUGGAAAGACAUGCUCCAAUUUGAUUCCCAUUUCUGUAAUUCAUCUAAUUCUCAUUUGUAAAAUUUCUAUUUCUGUAUCUUGUGUUGUUUUUAUUGUUCUAUAUAUUAUGCAAUCGUCUGCAAAUAAUCUGACUUUUGUUCCUGAACUAAUGCUAUGUGGUAAAUUAUCUAUGUAUAUUAAAAAUAGUAGGUGUUGAUUUAGAGCCAUUUAUUAUUACAGUUUGUUCUCUCCCUAUCAGAAAAUCUUUAAUCCACUGAUGCAAUGGACCAUCAACGCACAAAAUAUUUUUUUAAGCAAACUAUGGUGGUGAACUUUGUUAAAAGCCUUGGAAAAAUCUAAAAAGAUAGCAUCUAUUAAGUAAUGCAAAAUAUGUAGGUCACAGCUGGGGCUGCGCAGUCACGGGAAAUACUGCACUCCUCACUAAUCUUCGGACUCGAAGACAAGCCUUAUUAUUAUUAUUAACUCAAUAUUAUUUAAAUCUUAUGAAAAAUCAUCAAUUAGUCCUAUUAGUUGUGUUUCACAUGAUCUAUAUUUUCUAAAGUCAUGUUGGUAUGGAGUAAGGACAUUAUGUUUGUCAAAGUGGUAUGAUGUUGCUACAUAUUAUGUGUUCUAGGAUUUUGCAUGUGAUGCUUGUUAGUGAUACUGGUCUGUAGUUUACUGGGUUAGAUUUGUAUCCUUUUUUUUAAAUAGGGGGGUGACAUUAGCUUCUUUCCAGUCCCUUGGUACUCUGCCCUGGUUAAGAGAUGCCUGAAAAAGUAUUUGGAACAGUGGUGCUAGUUCAUUGCUUAGUUCUUUGAGUAAUCUAGUUGGAAUACCAUCAGAUCCAGAGGAUUUUUUUCGGUUUAAUGUUAACUAAUAGUUUCUGGAUCCCAUUUUCUUGUACUUCUAUAUCUCCUAUGUUGUUUACUUGGUUCAAAUUAAGUAAUAUGUCUCCUGAGAAUGCUGAUGCAAAGUACUUUUUUUAGAAUGCUGGCUUUAGUUUCAUUAUCAUUAUGGUGCUACUCUUGUUGUUUCCAUUUUCUUAGACUUAAUGUAUGACAAUAGGUUUUUGUUGUUAUCCUUAGAUAUUACAUUGUUGACUCUGCAGCUUUUUGAGUUAGUUGUUUAAUUGUAAUAUACUUUUUAUAAAUUCUUUCUGUUUCUUUAAAUUUUCUUUAUUGGUUUUUCUUUCUUCUUCUUUACUGUAUUAAAUGUAAUCCCUCGUUACAUUAAUCUAUGCAUGAACGCAUUAGAACAGCACUGCACCAUUUAACUAGAAGAAAUGUGUGUCCAGUGAUGGGCCAGAGUUAGCCAAACAAUAACAGAGUUGUAGUUAAAGAAAAAGGUUAAUAAUGAAUUAGAAAAAAGUUUGGGUAAUUUUUUUCAGUUACGUAAAAGUUCAAUUUUUUUUUUUUAAAAUAGGAGUUAGAUUUGAAUCGAAUAUCCUUUGUUUUCUGAUCAUGUGAUCCACGACUUUGAUUAUUUAAAAAUGAUGCAAUCAACAACUAUUUUGUCAGUUUGCAAUUGAAAAGGGAUUUGUUAAGAUGCUGGCGGGAGAUAUGGAGCCAUUCGAACAUUUCUGGUCAACAUUUGUUAAAAACUAUUCUUUACCAAGCCUUGGCAAAGUUGCUCUGUAAUUACCUGAUUUAUACAUCAAAGAGUAAAACACACUGAUAACAUCGCUUGUAGCAGUUCAUUCGGUUUCAGUAUCUUCUAUUUGGAGUGGCCAUAAAAGGACAUUUAUUCUAUAUUGAUUCAAUCACACUCAAGAUGGUGUCUUCAGCUUUGGCAUGCAGAAGAUUUAAAGGCUGUAUGAUUCAGAGGAAAUCAAAUUGGCAAAAAGCUAGAUAUAUUUUUAAAGUAAUUAACAGAUUCUUAGUUUACAAAGGUGCAAAAAGUAAUUACAGAUAGCAAAGUAUACUAGUUUAUAUUACGAUUAACAAGUUCUAGAUGAUGCCUCAGAUAGGGUGCAGACCGUGCAGCUAUUGACAGUGAUGACUCAUUAACCUGUAGGGCUCGUAAGUAUGGUAAACAUUUGGUACUAUCAACUCAUUGUUUACUGAGGAUAACAAGACUGAUGAUUCAGAAGGAUUGAUUUUGCCGCCGAAUAAAUGAAAGGUAAAUCACCCACUUAAACUUGUUGGGAGAUGGCUGCCAGGACAAGAUAAGCCAAAACUCAAAACAAAAACAUAAGCUCUCUGGAAUACGGUGAUGAGACGAAUGAUGCAGGCAAAACAUGCAUACAUGCACACGUUGGUGCAGAGAAUAGUAUGCUACAGAGAGAAUAUUAUUCUUUGGUUGGAAAAAAUGGUUGAUUGUGAACUGGUUCUAGAAGAAGCCAAAAUGACAGAAGCUUACAUGAAUGAAACUUCUUAGCAGUAAAAUGUAAUAACACCCAUGACGCUUAUGGAAGGAGAAAGUUAUUGCUACAUUGGCGUGUCGAUACCAAGUUACCAACCAUAAUGGGGCUUCAAAGUUAACUUUAAAAUACUGAUCGUUAUUAAGUCAUUACAAAGUGGUUUGCAAGAAAGCUCUGGACAUAUCAUGAAAAGUUACGACUUUAAAAAUAAUGUCGAUACCACAUCCAAAAUAUUUCUACCAAGCGACGAGUAGGCACGGAUGAAAGGACUGAUCAUAUCAUGUGUAGGAUGAAAGGAAUGAUCAUAUCAUGUGUAGGAUGAAAGGAAUGAUCAUAUCAUGUGCAGGAUGAAAGGAAUGAUCAUAUCAUGUGCAGGAUGAAAGGAAUGAUCAUAUCAUGUGCAGGAUGAAAGGAAUGAUCAUAUCAUGUGCAGGAUGAAAGGAAUGAUCAUAUCAUGUGUUGGAUGAAAGGAAUGAUCAUAUCAUGUGUAGGAUGAAAGGAAUGAUCAUAUCAUGUGCAGGAUGAAAGGAAUGAUCAUAUCAUGUGCAGGAUGAAAGGAAUGAUCAUAUCAUGUGUAGGAUUAAAAGAUUUUCAACGAAAAUGAAAUGGAGAAUUCGGGAGCCAUUAUCAGUCAAAAAGAGCAACAGCAGCAGUUGAAUGAAUGUUUACUGCAGCAUCACAAAUUCCCACGUGUCUUUGUUGGCCUCCUUCAGUAGUAGAACGACUAUGGUUCAUCUCGCACACUUCUUCAUGUGGCCGUGGAGCCCUAUUUUGGAGUGACACUUCCGUCCACAGAUAACGCAGGUCUAGUUGACUUUCGCUUCGGUGGUAGAGGAGCUGGCCAUUUUUCGCAUUGUACGUUUUUCUUCCAGGGCCAAUGUUUUUUCGCUGUCCAUAGCUUUCUUGGUCACUGUCUCUCUCCAUCUGUUGCGGUCUAGAGCUAUGUCUUCCCAAUUGUCAGUAUUGAUGUUCACUGAUUUGAAGUCCUGUUUUAUUACAUCUAUGUAAAGGAGGUGGAGGCGACCAGUUUUUCUUGAGCCAGUGUCCGUAGAGAAUGAUUUUUGGGAAGCGAUUGUCCUCCAUCCGGCGAACAUGUCCAAGCCAGCGCAAGCGUCAUUGUCUGAGGACUGUAAAGAUGCUUUGAAAACCUGCUCGCGCAAGGAUCUCAGUAGAUGUCGUAGAUGUAGAAUAACUGACGAAACGUAAUCAUUUUCUCUCCCCCCCCCUUCUUCUAGAUACAAACGUGAUACUGAAAUUGCAGUCAAUGAUAUUUAUAACUUUUAGAUGUAUAUGAGCAAAACAUUAGAACUUUUAGAUGUAUAUGAGCAAAACAUUGGUACAAUUUUCAUUCUGUUUUAACAUCUUUGUGAAAUUUAAUUAGCAUUACAUAAAAAAAUGUAAAGGCUUGUAUGAUUAUGAUUCGAUUAUGCCUGAUGUUUUGUAAAUGUUUUGCUAAAGAAUUCAGAAAGGUUGUCAAAGUUUAAUUAAUUUUGUUUUGUUUAAUCUAACUAUAUUUUUUUCGGUGAUAAACUUUUAGUUAAACCAUGAAUUAAAAUUAAAAAAAAAACUUUUAGCAUAAUUUAAAAAAAAAUAGUUUAGUAUAGUAUAACUAAUACAAAAUUUCAAAAACAAGCUCUUACAAAAAAAAAAUCGAAUUCACCGCGCCCGGUAUUGAAAACAACCCCCUUUUCAAACUAACAACAAUGAUUGAACCCAAAGUCUCCAUCGGCAUAAUCUAAAAUGUAAAAUUUAAUUUGCUUAAAAUGUCCUGUUCUCAAUUUCUACUAAUACUUUUUUUUUUACCAUAAAGAAAUAGAGGCAUAUAUAUAUUAUCUACUCAUUACCUCGUCUACUGCCCUUUUCAUAUUUAUUUUUGUUUUUCAUAUUGUGCUACACUUUAACUUUUUUUUAUAAGAAACCGUACAUCUAAAAUUGUCUAGUAGAUUUGUGCGUCGCAUUUGCAACUCUAAGGCCAGCAAAAGCGAACAUAAGCUCCAUUCCUCUAGCCUGAAGUGGGCGGCGAGUUCCUCCUCCCUGGUCUGGCAAUCUAAACAUUCAAAAUAAAAAUAAACUUCAUAGAAUCCUAAAUGCUGCUGGUAAAAUCAUUGGCAAAAAACAAUCCUCAUUUGGACAGCUUUUUGAGGCAAACCAUCGGUAAAAAAAGCUAAAAAAAAUUCUAGAAAUAAAAAAUCACCCUUUGGGUCAGGAUGUUGUGAUUCUACCAUCACAAAAGAGAAACAAGACACAGAUAGCAAAUACAAACAGACACAAACACUCUUUUGUUCCCCUGGCCAUAAAAUCAUUAAAUAUAAACUAUCUGAUAUUAACUUUUCACAUGUAAAUUAUGAGUGAGUCUGGUGUGAAUGUACAUUUUGGUUUUCUAUAGUUAUAAUUUUUAGUUUGGUGUAAUGCACACAUUUGUAAGACAAAUUUCUUUACGGAUAAUAAAGAUUAUCAUUAUUAUUAUUA